AUGUCCAGGAAAAUAAAAUACGUAUACAGUGAUUAUUUGAUAUCCCAGGCGGAUAAAAAUCCAGCUGUCAAGGGAAGAGCCUCCUUGACCCACAAUCUGAUAAAAUCCUAUGGCCUGCUAUCCCACAUGGAAAGAAUACGCCCCGUUGUGGCCAAUUCCAGUGAUCUAAAGGGCUAUCAUAAUGCCGAUUAUGUCAAGCAAUUGAAUCAAUAUGAAGAUCUAAGUAAAAUCGAUAAAGAAAAUGUUAAUGAUUCCUUUAAAUAUGAUCCGGAUGAUAAUGAAGAAGAUGUAUUAGAUGAUUGCCUUCUAUCUGAUUCCCAUGGCCUGUGCUAUGAUUGUCCCCCCUGGCCUGGAGUAAAAAAUUAUGUUUAUGCCAUUGCUGGGGCCACAAUGACUGCCUGCCAGGAAUUGUGUAAAUCAUCAGGCAGUAAUAAGGAUAUAAUCUUGAAUUGGUGUGGUGGUUGGCAUCAUGCCCAAAAGGGGAAAGCUGCCGGCUUUUGUUAUGUCAACGAUAUUGUUUUGGGUAUUUUAGUGUUGACUACAAAAUUUCGUCGCAUUCUUUAUGUGGAUUUGGAUAAUCAUCAUGGUGAUGGUGUGGAGGAAGCCUUUGCUACCACACGUCGAGUAUUUUGUCUUUCUUUUCAUCAAAUGGAAUGUGGUUAUUAUCCGGGAACGGGUUCCCUUAAUGAUAUGGGCCGUGAAAAUUGUUUGGGUUACACGGCAAAUUUUCCCUAUAAACGGGGCAUAACUGGCGAUAAAUAUAGGAAAUAUUUUAAGAGAAUAUUCUCGGCGGUCUGUCAGGCCUUCAAGCCAAGCGUUUGUGUAAUACAAUGCGGAGCAGAUGUCAUUGUUGGUGAUCCCUUGGGUGGUUCAAAUUUAAUACCCGAAGACUUAAUAGAAUGCAUUCGAGCGAUUUUAAAUUAUCCCGUACCCUGUGUAUUUUUGGGUGGUGGUGGUUAUAAUAUGGCCAAUUCAAGUCGUUAUUGGUGUCAACUAACCGCCGCAAUAUGUCAAGAAACUCUGGAAGAUGACAUUCCAGCCGAUAAUGAAAAUUUUCUAAAAUAUGGUCCCGAUUAUUGUUUGAAUAUUAAACGAAUGCCAACAUUACGGGAUGAAAAUAAGGAUGAAGAUUUGGAGGAACAGGCCGAAUGGAUAGAAGGAAAUUUAAAAUUGUAUAAAGUCUAUCCCGUGUAG